UUUGACCUGUGAACAACUUAAGUGUGACUCACAAACAAAGAAUGCACAAGGGUUAAAUAACGUGGUUGUAUAUUCUUCGACCAAUUACAAAGCUCUCUAGUUGCAUCAAUAAUGAGAUGACAUCAUUAUUAGUCGAAUCUUUCAGUACGCACAACUGAUAGCUCGCAGUACACACGUUUCUCAUCCUCUUCUGCCGGAUGAUUUAAUCUCUCCGACUUUCACCUUGAACACAUAUCUCUCUUCCUACACCGAAUUACAUAGCUUCAGAUUUAGGAUUUUCUGUAGAGGAAUGACAGAUAACCUGGCAGCACUUAAAGUUGGAUUGCCAUCCUGAAAUGCUCCAAGUUUCCAGUCAGUUGGAUCCGUUUUUAAAUGUGGAGUGGAUUGCAAGGAUGUGUCAUGCCUUGCAGUUGUAAGGAAACUAAACCUUGGUUCACAUUAGUCAGAGUAUAGGUUGUAUUUAUCUGUAUAUGUCUAAAUGUUCGGCACGAUGGGGAGUCGGUGGGGAGACUGUCCUCCCCAAACUCUCUCUCAGAGGAGAAUUUAGGUGGUCCUUGAUCUCUCAGCAUGUAUACUUGGGUGAACGGGUCGAACUGUUCGUUCAACUGCAGUUGGGAUGAUAACGCGACUUACUGGGGAAUCGAGUCCCCAGUCAACCUAUUUCCCAUUCCAGUCCUGAUCGGGGUCACCAUCACCUGCGUCCUAUUCUUCUUUGCAGGUGUAACAGGGAACCUGAUGACUAUUUUGGUGGUAACAAAAUACAAGGACAUGCGAACCACCACCAACCUCUACCUAUCCAGCAUGGCCUUUUCGGAUUUGCUCAUCUUUUUCUGCAUGCCCCUGGACUUGUACAGAAUCUGGAGGUACCGACCUUGGAAUUUCGGCAACAUACUUUGUAAACUCUUUCAGUUCGUCAGCGAGUGCUGCACAUACUCGACCAUUCUCAACAUCACUGCUCUCAGUGUGGAGAGAUACUUUGCUAUUUGUUUCCCUCUGAGGGCAAAAGUAGUCGUGACCAAGGGUCGCGUGCGAGGGGUCAUUUUGGUCAUCUGGAUAGUAUCCUUCUUUAGCGCAGGACCUGUAUUUCUUCUCGUCGGGGUUGAGCACGAAAACGGGACAAACUCUUGGGAAACUAACGAAUGCAAAGCGACGGAAUAUGCCAUUAGGUCUGGGCUCUUGGCCAUCAUGGUUUGGGUUUCCAGUAUCUUUUUCUUCUUGCCUGUGUUCUGCCUAACUGUUUUGUAUAGUCUCAUCGGGCGAAAGCUCUGGAAGAGAAAGAGGGAGGAGAUUGGAGAAAACAUUUCGAGUCGUGAUAAAAGCAAUAGACAAACAGUAAAAAUGCUAGCUGUGGUGGUGUUUGCCUUUGUGCUCUGCUGGCUUCCCUUUCACGUUGGACGCUACCUGAUCUCCAAAUCUACAGAGAUGGGCUCUCCGGUCAUGUCUGUCAUCAGCCAAUACUGCAAUCUCAUCUCCUUUGUACUCUUUUACCUAAGUGCAGCAAUCAACCCUAUUCUAUACAACAUCAUGUCCAAGAAGUACAGAAUGGCAGCUUGCAAACUUUUCGGACUGCACCAUACCCCACGAAGAACCACAUCAAUGGUCAAAGGAGAGAGUUCAAUGUGCUGGACAGAGUCUACUGUCAGCUUGUGACUGUGACAGACUAUCUUUCCAUUAACAGACAUUCCAGACUUUUUUUUUGCUACAGUAUGAUCACUGGCACAUUCACACUUGGGGAUAUUCAUUGCGUAAGAUGACAGUCCCAUAAUUAGACUAAAGAUCAGCAGUGAUGUCUAAUCAAUUUUUAAACACAUCGCCUCAACAGAUCAGGGAGUAUUUUCAAAAGAUUCAUUGCCUCUUUUUCUUUAAUUGCCUUUUGACUAGCCAGUCUUAACAUUUCAUCAGAUGUCUUGAUGUUUUACAAAUAUAAGCUGGUAAAUAGACAGAUAGAGAGAACUUCAGAUGCCUUAAAUCUAAAUGAAAUCUGGGAGACAAACUUGGCACUGUAGAAACAGUAGCAUACUCCUGCUCCCUUCUAUAGGGACUGCAGAGGAAAUGCCUUUCAUUUGUAAUGUGUGCCUGAAUAACUACAUGCCAUGCUCUUUUAGCAAGUGUUGUCACGUCUCUGUUUGUGUGUGCACAAGGUUCUCUACUGCAGACCUAAAGCAAUAUUGAUACACAGAACCCAAAUUUUUUGAAAAAAAUAAAAUAAAAUAAAACAGUCAAAAUAGCAUUAUCUCAUUAAAAGUACUUGAGCUUGCUUUUUUGUUCUCAGUGUGUCAUGUGCUAAAAAUGUGUUAUCUAUUUGUAUGAUGUUACCCAGUUGUUGAGAUAAGAGUUUAAUUUAAAACCAUUGCAAUAACUGUUGUGACAGUAUAUCUCUAAGUUAAC